GCCGGAAUCUGCGCGUGCGCCAGCCCUCACGCCGCAGUGGCCCCGCCUCCCCGGGUUCUUGACGCGCAGGGCAUUGUGGACAUUGCAGUCCGCAGCCGUCGGGAUCCAGCGCACAGCAGCGGCGUCGGCUCUAGCGGCAACAUGAAGAGGAUAAAUAGCAGCCUUUCCAGUGAUGACCUUAUUCUGGAGGACUUGGAAACAGAAGGAGAGAGGCAGCUAAGGAGCCUCCUUCACCAUCAGCUUGAUACUUCUGUUUCUGUGGAGGAGUGUGUAUCCAAGAAGCAAUGCUUUGCCCCCGCUGCAGUGUACAAGCCCUUUGGCGAGGAGGCAGCUGGGGCUUUGAGCUUGUCCCAGUUUCAGGCGCUACAGAAGAGUGACCAGGAAAUCUCGUCUCUGAGGGACUUGGGGCUUAACGACAGAGAGAUUAUACUAUGGAAAAACCGUGCUUCAUCGGAGAGGGGGAGGGGGCUGGGCGCAGCCCCUGAAGCCACACAGGACCGUCUUCGAGACAUCGAAGAGAAGAUCUCAGAACAUCAACGCAUUCUGGCCUUGCCACAGAGGUUUGCAGGGAGUAAACAACUGAGCCGACGAGAGAUGGAAAUUGAAAAGGCUUUGUUUCAGGGGAAUGAUCGCCAUUCUUUCCUGAGGGCUCUCUAUUACCAAGGUGAAUCCCAUAAGAGACUAGAGGCUGAGAAGGACCCCAUUAAUAAUCUGGAGACUGUUUACCAAGAGAUGAUGGCCAAACCACAUCCUGAAGAGGCUCAGCUUAUGAGAGGUGAACCUUUUGCUUGCCCCUCACUGGACUCAGAUGUGUUAGUGGACAGUAGUGGCCCAUCUAAGAACCUGUCAGUACUUGAGGAUCAGGGAAAUCAGGCAGCACAGGCUGAGGGGUCUAGCCUCCAUGUGGUGAAAGCUAUUGAAUCUGAACCCCAGCAAUGUCUUAAUGAGCCCAAGAAGUUGACAGAAGUAGUGGAUUUUGUCUCAGAAGAUGAUAUCGAGAGGAAUCGUCUAUCAGAGGAGGACAUCCGAAAAAUUCCCAUGUUUGCUUCCUACAGCCCCGGAGAGCCAAAUAAGGUACUGUAUUUGAAGAACCUCAGUCCUCGAGUGACUGAGAAGGAACUUGUCUCCUUGUUUGCCCGGUUCCAGGAGAAAAAAGGACCCCUGAUUCAAUUCCGAGUGUUGACUGGCCGCAUGAAGGGCCAGGCCUUCGUCACCUUCCCCAAUAUGGAGAUGGCCCAGCAGGCAUUGCUGCUGGUGAAUGGAUACAACCUCUUGGGGAAAACACUGGUGAUAGAGUUUGGCAAGAACAAAACGCAGAUGCCGGGGCUUCAGUCAGCCUCUCCCAUCCCGUGUGCAACAGAUAGCAUGACAGAACGCAAUGGAAGCUAAAAGAGAAAUGGACCAGGGUCCAUAUGUGUUCUCGCUUGUAUUUGCAACUCACUUCUAGGGUCUGUAUAUAAAGAACCAUCUCAUAAGGGAGAGUGAUUAGAAAGCACCUAAGACAGUCCUUUUCCAGUGUUCAUUAUAGGCAACUUUUGGAAACAUUUCCCUCGAUGAGAGACCUUAUGGGAUAGAGGAGAUACUGAGAACAAAGUGGGUCCUCCCUCUCCCCUGUCCCUAGGGUAAGAUAGAGUUGUUGUUUCCAUUUGGUCUUCCAUUUAUUUCCUGCUACCUUACAGAUGGUGACAAAGCUUCCCAGCCUGUCUCCUAUUAGCCAAGGGUGGCAGGCUCAAGACAUCCUCAAGCCAUUCCUCUCACCCCAACCAGUCAUCCAGGAUGGCCAGAGAGCAGUUGGCUCGAGUGUAUUCAAUUUGUAUAUCUUGUCUCUCCAACUAAACCAUAUGCUCCGGGGUCCCCGUCGUCAGUUUCUUUGUAUCCCCGCUUUGGUGUCUAGCACAGUGCCCUGUACAUAGUAGAUAGGUAAUAAACCUUUGUGGAUGAUUUGACGGAUUCCAUAAGUCAUCACAGGCCAUUAGACCAUCACCCUGGAAACCUUUUCUCUUUGGGGGCCUAUACUUUUUGGGACACUGUCCCACAGGAGUUUCUUUCUCCCUCAACUUUCCCCAGUGGCUUGGCUUCCUCAUAAGUAUGCCCAACCCACUCUCAGGGGGUUGAUGGAGGAGACCCAGGGCAGACUUAAUAUCCUGCUGUCCUUAUUCCCAGACUAGAAUAACUCCUCUUCCUGGGGCAGGCCUUCUUCCAGCCUGCAUUCCGAUAGGUUGCUUUCUUUCUUCAGAGUAAACCCUCAUUUAUGAAAUAUGCCACAUCUUGUGGUCCCAGUCACAUUGGAUCCCUUAUUCCCUUGGCCAGGGCAGGACUGUCUCUCCUCAAAGCAAGGCAGACUCCAAACGAGCCUUUGGGGAGGGGCAAGAAUAGUGUUGGUGGCUCUGGCCAGUCCUGAGAGCUCUGGGAGAACAAGCCUUACAUGGUUCUGCCCGUAGUCUCAUUAGUUUAUCGUGGGACCCUGAGAUCCUACUUGCUCUGUCCUCUCCAUAGAACAUCUCUCUACCUUGAUGAAGUAAGUCUUCAUCCAGGACCAAACGAUUUUCCCUCCCAAUAUUUCCUGCUCCCCCAAGAUGACCCCAAUCCAAGGAUGUCUUCCUCUCUCAGUAUCUUGGGAACAGCCAAUCAGGAGCCAAAAUACAAAGCCCCUGGGGAAGGCGGGAAAAGGGAAUAUGUGGCCAAGAGAAUUUGGGAAGCAAAGACAGUUUUCACAAAUGAUGGGCACAGAGAAGACUCAUCAAACCAUGGCUAUAUGUAAACUAUUUUGUGACGUAAGACACAACUGUACUGUGGCGUGGGCAGAUAACCUGUCUGUGUUUUAGGCUUGGUACAUUACGUGAAUAUGUGUCCAUGAAUAUUUGUAUAUCUGUGGAGAGGUGUUAGUUGGGGGGGGUGUUAUUUCAUUUUUUCUAUUCCCCAACCAGGAUGCAAAGGCUCUUGCUCUCUUUUCUCCUGGAAGUCUCUGUAAUUUCAUGGGUGCUGUUCCAUGUGCAGGGUACCCUUCGGGGGAGGGGUGCUUUCUAGUGUCUUCCCAUUUUUCUUUUAAAGAGCAGCUCUUAGCUAGUUACUCCUCUCUUCCCUCUUCCACUGUCUCAGCAGCAUCCUGUGUGUCACAGAUAUUAGAACAUAUUAGAGAAAUAGGGCUAUGUAGAGAAACCGUUUGCUUGAAACUUAGUUACAACUGAAAUCUGGUUGAAGUGAUCACUAGUCAGGCCUGACAAUCAGAGAGGCCCCAUCACAGCUGGCAGGAGAUUGGUACCGUGGUGUUUGUUGGGCUUCUGUUCUCUGACAGGCUCCAGGAGCUCUGACCGAACAGCAGUUCACAUGAAGAAGAUCUUGGACAGAUUAGUUCAGUGAGUGACCAUCAACCUCUGCAGGGAGGUGCGGAAUGAGGCAUCCACUUGCAGACAAGGUCAAGACGUUGAUUUGUUUUGCUUGACUGUACUUGUUCCAAGGGAAGGUUCUGUUGGGAGGGGGGCAUGGGUGGGGGGGUAGUCAUUGAGAAGUGACAGUGAUGUUAAAAAAUAGCUUCAAUAAAGCAUUUUAAAAAAGCAAA